AUGCAUCCGCAGCAGAUGUUUUGCCAAGCACAUUUCGCUAUCAGAGCCACAGUUGUCGGGAAGACUGGAGUCACAACUGGUCGGAACAUAACGGACUUUGUCGUCAAUAAAAUCAAAUAUGAUGUCAAACUGAUCAAGAUGUUCAAGGGCCCUGAGAAUUUAAAUGCCGUCUACACGGCAUCAAGCUUUGCAGCGUGUGGAGUCAAUCUGAUCGUUGGCAGACAGUAUUUCAUCUCGGGACAGGAUUGGGACGGCUUUCUACAGGUUGACCAAUGCGGUUUUGUUCGGCCUUGGAGUGACUUGAGUGCCAUGCAGAGGAAAGGUUUGUCACAGACCUACAAAACGGGUUGCAACUGCAAGAUCACACGCUGCACAUCUAUCCCUUGCGGCAGCGGCUUCUCGGAGUGCUUGUGGCCAGACUCUCUGAUGUUCCAGAACUUUGCUUGCGUUGAGAAAAAUGACGGCUCUUGUGCCUGGUUCAGUGGACUUGCCUAG